CACCCGCAUAUAUGGGAGCGUGGCUAGCGCCUCCGAGGAAGCUGUAGUCGCUCGUUGGAAGUAGCCGCCGAAGGCAGUCGGUCAUCGCUGCCGUUGGGAAAGGACAAGUGAAUCAAACCCUAAACCGAGACCUCGGUCGAGGUCGUCGAUGGCGUCGUUUGCGGAGGCUCCUCCUGGCGAACCGAAGGCCGGGGAGAAGAUCUUCAAGACCAAGUGCGCGCAGUGCCACACCGUCGAGAAGGGGGCCGGACACAAGCAAGGACCUAAUCUGAACGGUCUGUUUGGGAGGCAAUCUGGUACUACACCUGGUUAUUCAUACUCUGCUGCAAACAAGAACAUGGCUGUGAUAUGGGAGGAGUCGACUUUGUAUGAUUACUUGCUUAAUCCUAAAAAGUACAUUCCUGGUACCAAGAUGGUUUUCCCCGGACUGAAGAAGCCACAAGAACGUGCGGACCUUAUUGCUUAUCUUAAACAGUCCACAGCACCUUAAUUCCAUUGCAUCCUAUUUUAUUGCGGACAAUUUUUUGGGCUUAUAAGACCUCGAGGGUCACCUCGCUUGUUCAAAGCAGUGGAGCCAUGUAAACAUUUUCUUUUCUUUUUGAGUUCCUCUUUAAUUGUUUCCUUCUAUUAAGGGAUUGUUUCCUCUGAGAUAAAUCUAUUUUGACUGUAGAAUUAGACUGCCCGGGAGUACCAAUACUCUAUAUGAUGAGAUCGUUGGUGAUGUUUGUCAGAUCCCCAAGAACAAAUAACCGUUAUUCAGGACAAUGGAUUACUGUUUUGGAUGUUAACA